UUCAUGUUUGUGCACCGGUGGAUUCUGCUCUUUUUCAAGAGAGAAUUUGCCGAAUCUGAUGCGCUUCACAUCUGGGAGGCGGUGGUUAGUUCGAUACCGUACCCAAUACUUUCAUCUGUUCGUUUGUGUCGCGAUUGUAUCCAUUUACGGGCCCGACAUCAUCUCGCAAAAACUGCCGCACGACGAGAUCUUGCUCUAUUUCUCUUCCCUAGCCAACCACAUGGAUGCUCGAGUGGUGUUGAAGAAGGCCAGAGGUCUUUUACACCAUUUCGUGAAUCGGGAAAAGAUUCCGUGCUCUUUGGCAGGAGUCGUCGAGUCGAGCGGGAUGUCACAGUGGGAUUCGCACAAGAAGCUACAGGCCUAUGAAUGUGUCAAGAAGCACGGCGACGACGAGCCAUGCCCAUACGCC